AUGUGGGCUUUCAUGGAGGGCUGGCUCACCCCCAGCUCCCUCUUCAUCCUCCUCAACAUCACCAUCGGCACCAUCGUCCUCACUUCCCGCCUCAGCUCCUCCCCCAGGAAGCCGCUCCCCCACCACUACCACGACCAUCUCGGCCCCGACCACGCCCCCCCGCUCGCCCGCGCUCCUUCCCUCCUCCAGCGCGUCAGGUCCAUCGACUUCUCCCUCUACAAGUUCGGCCACCACGGCGGCGGAUACCCCGAGCCGGAGCCGGAGCCGGCGCACGCCCGGUACGAGCCGCACUCUUACCCGGAUCACGGUUACGCCGGCCACGUUGACGCGCCCCACUCUUACCCAGAUCACGGCUCGUCGUACCCGGAGCCGCAGUUCUCCCACCCGGCCGAUCCGCCGCCUCUCGCCCGGGCGCCUUCCUUCGUCGACCGGCUCAAGUCCUUCGACUUCUCUCUCUACAAGUACCAAGCGCCGAGCUACCCCCAGCCGCAAGCCGACCACGACGAGCGUCCGUCGGGACCGGAGUACGCGGACCGAGCCGAGCCGCCCCGGCUGGCCCGCGCCCCGUCUCUCCUCGAGCGUGUCAAGUCCAUCAAGUUGUCUUCGUUCUACAGAUCGAGCGAGCCCGACCCGGAUGAGGACGCGCCUCACCACCUCGGAGUCGACUCCGAUUCCGAAGACGACGACUCGGUUCCCUACGCCGACGCGGGCUGGGCCCGUGAGGACCAUCAAGUGAGGAGGGUCAGGUCAGACCCGAAGCCGACCACCCCCGGCGAGGGUUCGGCGCGGCGGCUCCCCGCCAAGAUGAAGAAGUCAGCCAGCGAGAGGUCGGCAGUCGGGCACUUCGAGGACGAGGAGGAGGAGGACCCGGUGGAGCGCCGGAGGCCCGAGACGGCGCGAGGAGGCAGGAAAAAGAGCGGCACCGCGGCGGCGCCGGCGCCCGAGGAAGAAGACGAGAUCGACGCGAAAGCCGACGCCUUCAUCAACCGGUUCAAGCGGGACCUGAAGCUGGAGAGGCUCGACUCGAUCAUGCGCUUCGAGGAGAUGCUGAGCAGGGGCGCUUCGUGA